AUAUAUAUAGACGUAUCUAUUGGUUUCUCUUACAAAAAGAAGUACUAUAUACACUCUAUAAUGGGAGAGAUCCCAUCAUCACCAAGAGGUAGUAGAAACUUCACUUCAGUAAUGAAACUAUUUGGUGUCGCGGUCACUGACGGAGACAUAGCUCCGGCAACACCACUUCCCAACGGUGACAACAAACGAUUCGAGUGCCAAUACUGCAAACGUGACUUUUCUAAUUCACAAGCAUUAGGUGGCCAUCAAAAUGCACACAAAAAAGAAAGACAAAGAUUAAAAAGAGUACAUUUCUUAAGCAACCAUCAUAGGCGGUUUGCAGCCCCGGUCACUAUAAUUAACGCACAUGCACCAAGACCGGGGCAGUAUCAUCAACAACUGCCUCAGAUGGCGGUUGUUGAUCAUUAUAUAUGUCCACAAUCACCACCUCAGGUAUUGUCAGGUGUCCCUCUUAGAUUUCCAAGUAGGUUUUUUAUUGGACGAUCAUCGUCGCAAGUUAACACAAAUGUCGGAAUGAGUAUGAAUUCAUCAAAAAUGGUUGAAGAUGCAAGUGACAAUGAUGAUGACGAAGAUGAUGAUGGUGAUGGUGUGGAUGUUGGUUUGCAUCUUUGA